AUCUUCGUCCAUGAUGUUUCACUCGCACUUUUCAGCUCACCACUGACUGCAAUGUAACAGCUUCUGCCGGGUAGCUCCCUAAACACCAGCGGAACAACAUGUUAGGGACACUACAGGGACGAAGUAGUGGUUUAUUGCCUCCUGUGAAUCAACUGAGGAAUACAUGAGAACUCCAAGGAUACCACUCUCUCUUCCAAAGACCUGACACCUUGUUGGAGUAUGCCAAGUAUUCUUGGCUAAAUUCUCCGGAGGAACUCCAAAGAUCUUUGAACCACCUAAGAACAGUCUCUUCUUUUUCUUCUCUAAGCUCUUCACAGUUAUCCCAUGGAGAAUUUGAAGGUGAAACCGAAUCACAUUACUGUCUGUGAUCUUCGUGGUUAAAAUGCAACUCAAAUAUGUUCCAAAGUAGUCCUCUGGUGAAGGAAGGACGCCGGCUUUAUUUUUUAUUUUAUUUAGCCUUUAUUUAUACAGGUGUAGAUCUCAUUGAGACACAAGGUCUCAUUUUCAAGAGAGACCUGUCAGUGGUAACACUACCACACAAAGUUACAGACAGGACACUAAACACAGAGGCAACACUAAAAUACAACAUCGUAAAAAAGUAGUAGUGAGUUAUUAUCCUCAUCAAUAUCACCUGCGCUUCAGGUGAACAGGAAGUGAAGGAGUGUUGUGUUCAGGGCAGGUGGGGAACAUGGUAAAUGUGAGUGUUCAACGUGAAUAUAACUUCAGCUUUUGUCGUCAAUUAUUGGGCAUGAUGUAAUUAAAAAAAGAAAUAGAAACAAUCUUAGCAUAAACGUUGUUUAGCUCUCAACCCUUUUGAGGACAUUAUUUGCAAAAAUACUCAUAAAGAGCAAUCAAACCAGGCCAGCUGAAUCGAUAAAUACAAAACAGACACGGUAAAUCUCAAAAUGCUGAGAAAUGUAGCCUGAAGCUUACGUUUCAUCACUAGAGUUGUUGAGAAGGAGUUGAAACUGGUUCUGGCUCAGUCUGCACCAGCAAUGUCCUCGAGACUCCUUGAUGUGUCCUCUUUAUAUAUCAAACGCUUAGUGUCACUGUUUAAUUAGAGUGGGAACCGCUUUGCCUCUGGAGGAAAUGCUUAUGUGCCUGCUCACAUGAAGGCUUAUAACCCUGCAUCGCUACGAAGAGUUGUCCUGCUGACCUGAACCACAGCUGCUGGGCCCAAGUGUUGUGCUGCUAUCACUGCUUCUGUGACUGCAGGUAUGUUAACUGUUGGGGAGGAUUUAUCAAGAACUUUUUUUCAAUCUACGGUGAACAAUAGAUAUUUAACAACUCCAUUCCACUGGAGCUGACAUCUCAAAAGUCACUCCAACAGAAGAGCCAAUCAGGAGGAGUUACCAAGAGGACCCCCCCCUUCAUCUUAGGCCUUUUUAUCGUUGCAACUGUUAUUCUAUUUAUCUAGCCCUUUGGAAAUAACUAGACCUUUGUUGAAUUGUGCCAUGCCCACCAACCAGUCCUCCCCAUGGGGUGGGGCAAAUCUUCGGGCUUGCUCCACUGACGAUAGACCCACCUCUACAACCUCUGUCAGUACACAUGCCAAGACAGGUGUGGCCACUAAAGUGCCUUUUAAUCAGACUUCCCUAGAGCUCUCCAGGAGAAAGGAUGCAGCCAAACCUCUCUCCUCUAAAGUUGCCUCAUCUGCAUCCCCCUUGAGGCGGAACACAGCGUAUAUGGUUUCUGUGUUAGAGAAUGGGAACGGAAAUGAAACCACCCAUAGCCAAUUCACCACUGUGCCAGAUGGAUCUGAUAACCGGCCACAACUUCAUGGGACUAAUAACCCAAACCAGGUACUGGGUGGAAGCAGCCUCAAAGACACCAGUGCCACUUCCUCAUUCCCCAAGAAUGAAUGUAAGAUUGGAUUCAAUGUCAAUUCAACAGGCAUUACGCAGAACUGUAUGCGGCUUCAAACCUCUCUAACGGCAAAAGGAUUAGCAACGAGCAGAUGUCCGGCUGCCACAGGGGACGCGCUGUCAGGAUCGGAGCCUCUUUCCUCAGCUUCUCAUCAAGACCUUUUAUCAAAGGACAGCCCACUCUGCAGCAAACUAUCAAGAUGAUGCCUGAGACUGCAGACUGUUCCUCUCUACCAUCAGUGCCUCAUCUAUGCCGUUCUCUCUGUGACCAUCAGGGGGCAGCAUUGGGAGAUGCCUCCAGCACUAAGGACACAAAAGUAGAAAAAAGAAGCACAGGAGAAACAGCAACUAUGAGACGGAGCCAUUCUGCAAAAUCAAAAAUAUGCAGUCAGACACAAAACAGUUGCACAAUAACUGCUUUAAACAAAGAGCUGCGAGUAAUAGGUGGUCCUCCAGCAACGACAAACUGCAAGCCCAAAACAGUAGUAUCCAUUGACCUAAACAAGCAGGCCCCAGACCGUCAAUGUCCACAGGAAAGAAGCUUGUCCACAUGCAGAAGAAUCAGCCCUGCAGCCGCCAGUCCCUUUCCAAAUAGCUCCACGCCAACUGUGCUCAGUGCCAAUGUCCGUGCCACUCAGGAGCAGCAGCCCUCGCCACAGAAUGCCAUCACAGGUGUUCUUUCCCUUGUAGCUGUGGCCUCCAGUCCAUCAGGAGCCAUGAUGGGCUCUGUGACGUCUCAGAUCUCUGCCAUCCAUCUAACCAGGCAGGCUUCCUCUCCUCUCGCUGCCUCACCCUCACCAACGGCGGAGUGCCCGGCUGGAGAGACUGAACCAUCUGGCCAGGACUGUGUUCUGCAGCUGGAUGGAGCUGAGGAGGAGCUGGUUGAUGAUGAGAUGGAAAAUGACUGUAGUGAUGAUGAUAACUCCGACUGUUCAUCCAUAGCUGGCACCUCGUCCACAGCAUCCAUCGCUCUACUUUCUGGUAUCGAGGAGCCGAUGUCAUUGGAGGCGGACGAUCAUCGAGAGGAGAGACCAGCUUUGGUUCCCAGUUUGUUCCCUCAACUCCCACCAACACUGUACUUCAGCACUGCCAAUGAGAAAGUGGAACUGCUGCCAGCUGAACAAAGACGACUGUUAAAAUGGAAGAUAAGCAACGUCACUCCAAAUAUUGUCAAACACACCAUUGGCAGGUCACACUUCAAGGCGACCAAAAAAAGUUAUGACUGGCUGGGCUGCUGGGGACACCACAUGAAGUCUCCUGGCUUCAAGGCCCUCGCAGAGCACCAGAAGUUGAACCACUUCCCGGGAACGUUCCAGAUCGGCAGAAAGGACCGGCUGUGGAGGAACCUGUCCAAGAUGCAGGUUCGCUUCGGCAAACAAGAGUUCAGCUUUUUCCCUCGCACCUUCGUCCUACCUCAGGACAUCAAGAUGCUACGCAAGGCCUGGGAGGACGGCGGCCCCCGGCAGAAAUGGAUCAUCAAACCGCCUGCUUCGGCCCGAGGAAUCGGUAUCCAGGUCAUCCACAGAUGGGGCCAGCUGCCCCGCAAGAGACCACUGCUGGUCCAGAAGUACCUUCACAAGCCCUACCUCAUCAGCGGUAACAAGUUUGACCUGCGGAUCUACGUCUACGUGUCAUCCUACGACCCGCUCAGAGUUUACAUUUUCUCUGAUGGACUGGUUCGAUUCGCCAGCUGCAAGUAUUCGUCUUCCAUGAAGACUCUGGGUAACAAGUUCAUGCAUCUGACCAACUAUAGCGUCAACAAGAAGAACUCUGAAUACCAGAGCAACAGCGACGACCAGGCCUGCCAGGGGCACAAAUGGGCGUUGAAGGCCUUGUGGCAUUUUCUGGGUUCCAAAGGAGUCAACACUACUCUGAUCUGGGAGAAGAUUAAAGACAUUGUGAUCAAAACAAUCAUUGCGUCCGAACCGUACGUUAACACUCUGCUGAAGAUGCACGUCAGGACACCUUACAGCUGCCACGAGCUGUUCGGCUUCGACAUCAUGCUCGAUGAGAAGCUCAAACCCUGGAUCCUGGAGGUCAACAUAUCACCAAGUCUUCAUUCCAACACAGCGCUGGAUGUCGCAGUGAAAGGUCAGAUGAUCAGGGACCUUCUGAACCUGGCUGGCUUCCGUGUUCCCCAAAAAGAUGACGUGAUCACGCCCUGCAGCAGUGCCUCCAGCUCCACAACCAGUCUGUGUGGAGGAAACAGAGAAAGGACCAAGCCGGAUCUGUCUGCCGAUGAGAAAGUCAAACGGGCCUUUUACCUCACCCAGCGCUACGCCGACCAGGACUUCCUCUCUCCAGUGUUAGAUGUCCUGACUCCAGAGGACGUGUGUAUGCUCACAGAGAGUGAAGACGAGCUUUCUCGUGCCGGACAGUUUCAGCGUAUUUUCCCAUCACAGUCAUCGUCCCGCUACCUUCGCUUCUUCGAGUGUCCAAGAUACCUCAACGUCCUGCUGGACCAAUGGGAGCAGAAGUACUGGAACAACAGGACAAAAGGAAUCGGUCUGCUGUCAACUCUCUGCGAGAAAGGAGUUCAUCUGGGAACCAAUGACCCUGCUCACAUGUGGUCAAAGAGUAGCUACAUCUCAAGGUUUGACACCAACAGACAAGACCUCAUCAUCCCGUCGAGAUCAAGGGUGGUGGUCACCCAUCAGCACCGCUCCCAGCACAUUGAAGAUGAUGACGGUUCAGACAAGGAGGCUUCUUCAGUCUCCAGCCUGCCUGUUUCAUCCAGUCCUGGGUCCAGUGUGAGCAGCAGUGCCUGUGCCAGCCCUCAGCCCGGCCUGGCCCACAGCCUGCCGCCCCAGCACUUUGCUUCGCUCUGAGACCCGCUUUGCUAACACCAUGUUCAGACACAAAGCUCCGGGUGUAGGACUUAGCCCUAACCUCUCCGCAAACAUCAAAUGGCUCUAAAGAUGUACAUGAAAAUGUGUACUUAAAACGUAUAAGAAGUCCAGUCUUAACUAACACUGUAGAAGGGAGUGGCUUUUGUUUUUGAACAGAUGUUUGGUUUGCUUUCAGAAGUAAGUAUGAACAGUGACUAAUAUCUAGCGUUGAAGCUUUGUGCAGAAAAUGGAGGAACCUUUUGAAUGUUUGCUAUUUCAGUGAUAAAUUAAAAAAAGACGGUCAGUUCAUGGCGGCUUAUCCUUUCUAGUCGCUUGAAUUAUUAUAGAAUACAACACCUAAAGGACCAUAGCAGUGUUGAGGUACUUCAAAUCAGCAGUAUGCCAACUUUAGUUCAACUGUAUUAUAAGCGUUUUAGCAGACAGUGAUAUCCAUUGUGUUUUAUGGUCAAAACGAUCCUGCAGAAACUUGAAACAUGCUGGAGAUCUAAAAUGCAUCACAGAAAGCAUUGUUUCCACCUAAUUUGUCAAUUUCCCAUGCUGACAUUAGUCAGUGUGUUACCUGCAUCUCAGACACAUUACUAAGACGCUCAUUAAGGCCUCUGGACACACUUGAUACUGCAUUUACAAAGCAGAGGUUUGGUACAGUUAAACUCUGCCUCAAAGCUGCAUCAUCUGGAAAGGCAAUGCAAUCAAGUAUUCAUGCCAGGUAGAUACUCUUCAGUUCAGACUGUCAAUGCUUUCACAGGUGUUUUUAAGGGAUUAUAAUCCACUGUGCAGUAUUUGAUUUCAGAUAAGUAUUAAAACUCAUGGAUAUAUUCCUCAAACUGGAUGGUACUUCAUCCUCUCACUGGGAUUUGAACUCGCCAGCCCAACAACCUUGCAGCACUUUGCCAUUUUUCGAUGAAUACCUGCUUAAACUGUGAAUUAGACACACUGGGCUUCCUCAAAACCUCCAGCACAAAGCGAUGUUAGCACAAGCUGUCGGUCUGUGUGUUUUAUGCACUUUCAUUAGCAAAAUGAAACCUUAAAAGCCGACUCUACCUUACAGAAAACAGUAAUAGUGGCACAAUACUGUUAUUUCUCUAAUGUCUUGAAUCUGAGACUGUUGCUGAUUUGGUGUUGAGAGCAACUGAUUGCACAUGUAUCACAUUCCCAGCCUUAUGGACUCUUUUGUUUGUGUGGAAAUGGAGAGGUGAAGAAAAAGGGCUCAGACAAAUAAAGGGAGGAGAUGGGAGAAAAGGAGCGCUGCACAAAUACAGUCUGAUCUCACCAGACUUUGCAAGGUGUGCUGAGAUCUGUGCAGCGUAUUGCAAUUAUCUGAACUCUCAGUGCUUGACUUUAUUUUCACUGGUUGAUGUGUUACUGCGGUGUUUAACCUAACCUCAUCUUGAUUACAUGUGUUUACUAACAGGAUGCUAUAGAUACUUGAAGACUAUACUUUGAUUGCUUUGUCUGACAUGUGUGUUGUUCGAACAAAUAGAAGUUAAUAUAUCCAACAAUUGUGAUUUUAACUUUGUCAUAUUGAAGUCUUCUUCUAAUUAUUCAUUUCACUUUUAAAAAGGGCUUUUGUUUUUUUGUGACCAUAACAUGUACACAAAUGAUAGUAUAGAGAAUAAUAUAGAAUAUUUCGUAAAAGACGCUUUCUCCAGUCGGAACUUAUGGAUCAAAAAGCUGUAGCUGUCACAUGAAAACAAUUACUUUUCUUUAACCUCUAACCUACGUGGAUAUUUGAAAUUCACCCAAAAGGCAUAAUGACAGUUUUACACCCAAGUGGUCAAUAUUUGAAAAAUAUUUGUUCUGUCAUGAAGAGUAGAGAAUCUGAGAACUUGUUGAUAAAAAAAUGAACUCUUCGUUAGAACAGUUUUUUCACAUAAGAGAAGUAUUAUAAGUAAGUGGAGAAUACAUAUAUUGUAUAAGGGAAAUUAUCAUAUUUUUUACUAAUUGUAAAAUGACAAUUUCAAAAUAAAAGUUAUUUGUGUUACAAA